AUGUCAACCGACAAAGUAUUCCAGAUGAAACACGUUUUCACCGAUCUUUUGAACAUGGAGAAAGACAAAUUUCAUUAUUUACCGACAGAGAUUCAUUUCAAAAUCCCAUGGAAACUUGGUGUAUAUGUAGAUGGAAGCUAUGCACAGUUCUUUCUACAUUGCGAAAAAUUUCAUGAAAUUGAGGAGUGGUCAAUCGAUACCAAUAUCGUGAUGAAUAUCAGAAAAAUUUUCGGAGAAAAUGAUUCAAUUUCAAUCGAUCGUAUUUUCUCUCAAGAUAUCGGAUCGAACAGCCGUAUCAAAUUUUUUUCAUUGGGAGAAAUGGAUAGUUAUUUGAUUAAUGGAAAUGUGACAAUCGAAUUCAAUGUGACUAUUAAUGGAAUGAAAGGAAUCAAAGAGUCAUUCAGGACGUUCAACGAAUCCGAAUUUUCAGAUGUCGUUUUGAUCGCUGGAGAUCAGAAAUUUCACGUUAUUAAAAUGUAUCUCGCUGCUCACUCGACAUAUUUCAAUACUUUAUUUCAUGAAAAUUUCAAAGAAUCUGGAAAUCCGGAAAUCGAACUGAAAGAUGUGGACCCAUACGAACUGCAACAUUUUCUAGAAGUUCUUUACGGAGAAUCUUCAAUUGAUAAUGAUACAGUUACUGGAAUUCUGAAAUUAGGUGACAUGUAUGAUGCGAGAACUGCAAUCAGAAGAUGUGAAGAGUUUUUGCUCGAGAAAUCAAAGCAUCCAUUGAAAAUGAAGUUCGUUUCAGCAGUUAGGUAUAAUAUGGAUCGAUUGAAGGAAAAAUGUCUGUCCGAGAUGAAUACUGUGGCUGAAAUCGUGGACGUCGUGCCAGAAGAUGCCGAUCAAUUCAGUCCAACUGUCUGGAAGGAAUUGUUCCUGAAAGCCUAUUCGUCUCAUUAA